AUGGCAGUUGCAGCAGCGGGUCCCGUGCUCACAUUCAAUCCCAAGGAGAACGAGUGGGAAGUUUUCUUCAAAAGGUUAGAGCAGUAUUUUAUAGUACACGGGGUCACUGAAGAAGCUGACAAGAGAGCUCAUUUGCUGUAUAGUUUGUCUGAGGAGGCGUAUAUUUUAUUAGAAAAUUUAUGUAUGCCGCAAAAGCCGGAAGAAACCCCAUACCAAGACAUAGUUCAGUUAUUGUCUAACUACUAUGGUAAAACUGCUGUUGUAUGGGUCGAAAGGCAGAAGUUUUAUAGUGCAUCCAAAUCAGGAAAUGAGACGGCACUAGAAUGGAGUGUACGACUUAAAGGUUUAGCUCGCUAUUGCAAUUUUGGUCAGCAGCUUGAGUCCAAGCUAACGGACAUUUUUGUUACGCAGUUCAAUCCUGGGAAGGUGAGAACUGAAUUAUUCAGCCUAAACGAGAACACCACCUUAAAUAACGCUGUUGAAAAGGCCAAAAUUAUCGAAGCAACGCUAGUAAUAAGAGACCCAGUUGGUGAAGUUAAAAGCGAGGUCUUAGAAUCCGAUGUUUUUCGAAUUACACAAAAUAAUUCAAAUGGUGCCACUGCCGAUCAACAUCAAGAUCCUCAACGGUAUCAUAGAGGGACAGCAGUACCUGCAGCGCAGCGGAGCCAAGGAGGCACGCGCAGGAGUGGGGGCAACAGCUCAAACAUGGCGCUGCCGCAGCUACAGCCGUUCACAUCGUCUGGUCGCUCUCCGGGCUGUUUCCGCUGCGGGAGGAACCACAACAGUAAUGUAUUCCCCUAUAAGGAAUAUAUUUGUAACUCUUGUCACGGUAGGGGUCAUCUCAGUGUGGUAUGUAAAAAGAAAAGCAAUCCUCACCUAAGCACGUUAUGUUUUUCCUAA